AUGUACGUAGAUGAUUUGCUAGAGUCUCUGGAUUCAGUCCAAAAGGCCAUCAGCAUGAUAACAGCAGUGACACAGCUAACGAGCCGAGGAGGAUUUAGAAUAACUGGUUGGUUGAGCAACAAGAGAGAGGUAUUGGCAGCUGUCUCAGAAACAGAGAGGAAGCAUCCCACUCUAGAUCUCGAUCUUGAUGAUUUACCAGUUGAAAGAGCGCUGGGCGUCCUUUGGGACAUUGAGAAGGACGUCUUUAGAUUUCGAGUACUGAAACCUGAAAGACCAGCAACAAAACGAGGAAUCCUUUCCACGAUAAGUUCGCUCUACGAUCCUAUUGGAUUUGUCUGCCCUGUGGUCCUGGAGGCCAAAAGGAUCAUGCAGGUCUUAUGGAAAAUGCAGAUUGGCUGGGAUGACCCACUACCCGAAGAGGUGCUGACAAGUUGGGAGCAGUGGAAGGCCGAGUUAGGUGCAUUGUCGGGGAUCGAGGUUCUUAGAUGCUACACGGCUGGUGUUGAAGAUGAAGUCAAGGAGAUCACCCUUCACAACUUUGCAGAUGCGUCUGAAGAUGGUUAUGGUGUGUGUGCUUACCUCAGGUUCCAGUUUACAGAUGGCAGUGUUCGAUGUGCGUUCCUGUGUGCUCGAUCCCGAUGUGCCCCAAUCAAGCCAAACACGAUCCCACGUUUAGAACUGAAAGCAGCUACACCAUCCGUGAAGAUGUACCUGACAGUCAAAGAUGAGAUAGACUGCCAUGUCAGCAGAGUUUUCUUUUGGAGUGAUUCACAGACUGCACUUCAAUACAUCAAGAAUGACACCAAACGUUUCCACACGUAUGUCGCCAAUCGGGUUACGGAAAUACGUGAGGCCACAGACCCAGGGCAAUGGCGGCACUGCCCUGGUGUGAUGAACCCAGCGGAUGAAGCAUCGCGAGGACUUAGCCCAGAUAAGCUGGCAAAGCAGCAGCGUUAG